AUGGCAGGAGGUGGUGGUGGUGGAGCUCCGGCGCCGAAAGCGGAUGAGCCAAAGCCUCAUCCACCGAAAGAUCAGCUACCUAAUGUUUCUUACUGCAUAACAAGUCCUCCUCCUUGGCCUGAGGCCAUACUUCUUGGUUUCCAACAUUAUCUUGUGAUGCUGGGCACAACUGUGUUGAUUCCUACUUCUCUUGUUCCCCAGAUGGGAGGUGGCAAUGAGGAGAAAGCAAAGGUUAUCCAAACACUACUCUUUGUGGCUGGAAUCAACACAUUAGUGCAAACUUUGUUUGGUAGCCGAUUGCCAGCCAUAAUUGGAGGGUCUUACACGUUUGUUCCAACAACAAUCUCAAUCAUUCUCGCUGGUCGAUUUAAUGAUGAGCCAGAUCCUAUAGAGAAAUUCAAGAAGAUAAUGCGGGCAAUCCAAGGUGCUCUUAUUGUUGCUUCAACCCUUCAAAUAGUACUUGGAUUUAGUGGUCUUUGGCGUAAUGUUGCAAGGUUCUUAAGUCCACUUUCAGCCGUUCCUUUGGUAUCUCUUGUUGGUUUUGGGCUGUAUGAGUUGGGCUUUCCUGGGGUUGCUCAAUGUGUAGAGAUUGGAUUGCCAGAGCUUAUAUUGCUAGUAUUUGUUUCUCAGUUUGUACCCCAUGUGCUCCAUUCAGGAAAACACAUUUUCGACCGUUUUUCUGUUUUAUUCACAGUUGCAAUUGUGUGGUUAUAUGCUUAUAUUCUGACUGUUGGAGGCGCAUAUAACCAUGCUAAACAUAAAACACAGAUAACCUGCCGCACUGAUCGUUCAGGCCUAAUAGAUGCUGCUCCAUGGAUUCGUGUUCCAUAUCCAUUUCAAUGGGGUGCACCUUCAUUUGAUGCAGGCGAAGCCUUUGCCAUGAUGAUGGCAUCCUUCGUUGUUCUAGUAGAGUCCAGUGGAGCUUUUAUUGCUGUUUAUCGGUUCGCUAGUGCAACACCAUUACCACCAUCGAUUCUUAGUCGGGGUAUUGGUUGGCAGGGUGUUGGCAUUCUGUUAUCGGGAUUGUUUGGAACUGGGAUCGGAUCUUCUGUAUCUGUAGAAAAUGCUGGUCUUUUGGCUUUAACACGUGUCGGUAGUCGAAGAGUGGUGCAAAUAUCCGCCGGGUUUAUGAUUUUCUUUUCAAUUCUAGGGAAAUUUGGGGCAGUAUUCGCUUCCAUCCCCCCUUCCAUUGUUGCUGCACUAUACUGCUUGUUCUUUGCUUAUGUUGGUUCGGGAGGUCUAAGUUUUCUUCAAUUCUGCAACCUCAAUAGUUUUAGGACAAAGUUUGUAUUAGGCUUCUCUAUCUUCCUGGGCUUAUCUAUCCCACAGUACUUUAACGAGUACACAGCAAUUAAUGGGUUUGGUCCAGUUCACACUGGAGCAAGAUGGUUCAAUGAUAUGGUAAAUGUGCCAUUCCAAUCAAAAGCAUUUGUAGCUGGAGUUGUGGCAUAUUUCCUGGAUAACACACUACAUAAGAAGGAUUCUGCUAUUCGGAAAGAUAGAGGAAAGCAUUGGUGGGACAAGUACAGGUCCUUUAAAACAGACACAAGAAGUGAGGAGUUUUAUUCACUUCCUUUCAAUCUAAACAAAUACUUUCCAUCUGUGUAA